GACCCGCUGGUCCGGAAGUCUUGCUGGAGCUGCUGGUGGGCUCGAGCUCUUCAGGCCCGCCGCAUUUCCACCGAUGACGUCUUGACUUUCUUGGCCAAAGUUUUGACACACAAGACGUAAAAGUAGGUGUUUUUUACCUUAUUAUUACACUCGCAGCAUCAAUAGUACAAUUAUUUUUACGUUUCUCGUCGUAAUUCUGAUUCAACCAGGUGUUCAUCUCAUUAGCUUAAAUUAGGCUGACGUCACUACGUACGUUAGUUGUUCACCCCGUGGGGUUUUUCCUCGGUUGGGUUAUUUUACAAUGCCCUUUUUGUGAUUUUUUUUUUUUUUUUUUACCUGUUCUCCUAAAACAAAUACCAAUUUAAUAUUAUUAAGGGGUGAGUGUCGUCACACAGGUGCCCAACUUGUCAAACACCCGAUGAAACGCCUCAUAUAACGUCGCGUGAAAUUGAGGGUCGUAAACGUAAACAAGCCACGCGGCUCUCCACCUCUUGUUAACGCCUUGCUGGAAAGCGAAAUUCCUCUGGACUUUUCCCCGGACGAAGAUGGGGAAGUUUGUCUGUGAAAUGUCACCGUGCCGCUCACAUAAAGGUCGCCUGGACUCGCAGAGCCGAAGAGAGUAACGCGAAGAUGAAGUUAUUUGUUUUCAGCUUUGUCUGUGCAUUCCUGCACGUCACUCGUCAGAAUCCAACCCAACGGUGGAGUAUGAAGCCCCACGUUCUGCUUGUGGGCGUUGACGGCACGUUGGGCCCGCUGUCCCUGAGCUGCUUGGAGCGGCCGCAGGAGGAGGGGGAUAUUUCUUGGAGGAAGAACGGAGAGGAGGAAGCGCAGAGAGGAAACACUUACCUAAUUAAGCUGAGGGAGCUGUUAGGUGGGGGGAACUACACCUGCCACGGCGAGGACGGGUCGCUGCUCAACCACACCGAGGUCCUGAUCCAAGAUAACGCCACGAACGAGGGGAUAAUCCUUGUGAAACCCAAAGACGGAGAUUAUUUACAUUGUGCUGCUCAAAAUCACAACGGAGAGUUCCGCUGCUCCUGGAGGUGGCACAGCCAACGCGUCGGCAAAGUGGCUUUCAUCAAAGCUUGGCGUUUUUCCCACGACAGUGACGUAGAGUGUUCUGUGGACGGCGGCGGUCAGCGUUGGACCUGCUCUUCGGGCCAGAGUGACUUUGGCUGCUCGGUGGACGCCGACGGGCUCGGGAUCUUGUGCGUGGACCAGCGGCGCUGCCCCUCCGCCGAGGAGAGACGGAUGAUCCACUUCACCGUCUACGUGAGGACGAAGGACUUCCUGGUGGAGAGCUACUCCAAAUACUUUUACCUUUCCCAGAUAGUGAAACCCGACAAGGUGACGAUCAGAAAGGUCAACGCUACGCUGAUAGAGUGGAGUUAUCCCAGCUCCUGGAGCAGUCCCUACUCCUACUUCCCGCUCACUUUCCAGAUUGCGCAGUUGACGGGGCGACGCAAAACGUGUGCCCACCUUUCAAGACCCAAAGCCUUUAAGACCUCGACAGUCCACUCCACGUGUCGGCUCGAAGUCAAGCGCAGGGUUAAGGCCGUCUGCAUCCGGGCGAAGGACGUUCUGUGUGACUCGCAGUGGAGCGACUGGAGCCUCUUGAGCUUGAGGAGCAACAAGAAGAACAAACUAAACUGUCAGAACUAAUGACAAAUGUUACAGAAGAAAUGUUUGUUGUUUUUAUAUAUUUAUAGUGAUCUUAUUUUAGAACAUCUCAUUUAUAAUUUGUUGCCAUUCUUAAUAAAAUAAUAUUUAACACCA